AUGAAUUUACGAAUUACAAUCUUUUUUGGACAGUUCAUCAUAUUCUUUGUGAUUGAGGAUGAGAAUAAUGUAUUGGAAGUAAAUCAUUUUUGUACGGGAACACUAAUUUCAAAUAAAGUUGUUAUAACUGCUGAACAUUGCUUAUUAGAGAAAGAAUUGACUAAUGUUCGGGUAAUUGUCGGAUCGAUUGACGUAAGAUUGGGAAAAAGAUAUCGAAUAUUCCAUUGGUUGUCGUAUAAUCAAUGGCUUAAAGUAUUGACUUCAAAGGAUGAAUUUGAGAAACAUGAUGUUGCUGUUUUACAGUUAACAGAAGAGGUGCCUAAUAAUAUCCAACCAGUGCCUAUUUCAAAUCUUAAAUCUUUUGAAAUAUUUGGAAGUAAUGUAAUAUCAUCGGGUUGGGGUAGUUCGAAUACUUUUAUACUUCCUAUAUUGAUGGAAACCGUUGCUUUAAAAAUCAUACCAAAUAAUCAAUGUGAACUAGUUAUUAAAAAAGUCCAAAGGAAAAGAAUUCCCAUUCCUGAAAGAAUAUUGUGCAGUUCUUCAAUGCCGCCUGCGAUAGUGACCUACAAAAUUCAACUAUGA